GCUUCCCACUUCUCACCUUGUACCAAUCACCACAGCAGGCGGCUUGCUGGCCACUCCUCAGCAAUCAUGAUCAGGUACAUCUACCGCCGUGAUCGCUCUUUAACGGGCAAUCAGUUGCUUCAUGUCCCUCUCGGCCAGGGGGUCAGCGGUUUCAGGCUCGCAGCGCUGGGACAUGUCGACAGCUUGAUCCGCCUACAAAGAUGAGUCGUCCCUCUUCAAUCUUGACCCUCGCGAGUCUUAUCUUUGUCUCUGUCCUCGUUGUUCCACCCUCUGCUGCUCGGCCACACUCGAUCUGGGAGGUCAAUAUCGACGAAGGCCCUGCUCCUCCGCCAGAUCAAGGCCCUCCGCUCUCCGCUGGUGCCCUCCGAGACAAGUCCAAACUCAAAUACGAAGUCAUUGGCAUUGUUGGCGCCUACGUGGUUUGGUUGAUCAUCACUGUUCUGCUGCUUUUCUUGGUCGGCAAGAAGCUGCGUCGCAAAGUCCAAACCUCGAACCGCAGUCUCAGUAUGGAGAUCAUCAAGCCUGCUCCACUGGCCGAUCAUCCCAAGAUGAAUGUCGAACCGCCUUUAAAGAGCCCCGGCAAGAUGGCCAGCCUCAGAUCAUGGGCCACGGGCAAAUCCCAUUCUCACAAACAGUCGCUUGUCAGUGUUUCGUCCACCAUCGACGAAAAGAUCAUCGAGGCGGACAAGGCAAGAAACAAGGAUGAAAUGGCAAGGUUGUAUGCUGCUGUCAUGGCACAUGACGAAGAAAAAGCCAGGAGCAGUGGCCAGACGUCGCCUCGCACACCCAGUUAUCCACUGCAGUACACCACUCCGCCUACGCCUAGAUCGCCCUAUCAUCUCCCACCGACUCCAAGGUCACCUUACUAUCAACCAAAUCUCCAUAUCAAUGGCCCGGCCUCGCCAAGGUCCCCGCGGUAUCCUCCAGAGUUUCAGCACCUACGGCAUCCCGAGACGGAAGUCCGAAGCCCGGGCAUCCAACCAGUGGCUCAAGUAUUGAGCCAUCCUCUGGCACCCACACCAGCUGAUGAUGUUUCCUCAAUGAGGACAACAUCACAAUCCAGCAGCCGGAAGAAGGUGUCGCCGUUGUCCUUCAUCUCGGGCCGUAGUGAUUCGGCUGACCAAACGAGAAAGCGCCCGACCAACAUCUCAGUUCGUGGGCAGCCGAUCUCACAACCAAUAGGUUCCGCCACUCUCACGGACGCCUCGAUCUAUUCCGAAGAUGCUCUUUCCUCGCCUCGCAUUUACAACCCGGGGCCAGCUCCGCCAACACCGGGCCAAAAGUCCGCUGUGACUGUGGUUGAGGAGGUUGAAAAGAGAGGUCCUCCCGCGCCUCUGUCUCUUCGCAGCGCUGCAGCGUCCGACAGCUCCAACAGCCUACCGUUCCGUCAAUUCUACAAUGAUGCACUGAAGAGCGCACCUGCAACCAAAACUACUUUCGUGGACCGCCGCGAGAGUAUUCUGGGUGUGCACGCGAAGACGGGUGUGCCUCAAACUCCCUACAGCCCUUAUAUGCCAUACACCCCUAUGACGCCCGUGACGCCCCGCACGCUCAUGACGAAGAAGGAGAUGAAAAAGAACAGGAAGAAGGAAGGCUUGAAGGUGCUGACUGAGGACGACAUGGUGCUCUCGGAUGAGGACUUGUGGUCGACUUAGGAUCAAGCCUCCCUAUGGCUGACGACGUUCCCCUUUGGUCUUUGGUGUUGUUUCCUUGUCUCAUACGUUUCCUAUCUCACCCUUAGCCCGCGCACACGGGCCUUGCUCUGCGGAGUGUCGAUGAGACUGGACAGAUGUGUGCAGUGUACAUUUAGGCCGCCUGACAAUGGCGAAGAUAGAUAUCCUCGACCCGACAGACACAGAUGUCGAUGACAAUGAACUUUAUUGAAAGAAGAAUCUGUGGUCUCUGGUAGUUUUCUUGUCGGUGUCCCCGCUGCUCUACAGUAUACCUCUUGCCUCCUCGGGAUAUAAAGACG